GUCGGCUCUCGGCCGCUUCCUGAGGGAAAGGCAGAAGGAGACAGGCCCCACUUCCAUGUCUCUGCGGACCCUUGGCCUCGCUUCCCGUUUCCCCGCCGCGGUGCCUGCUGGGAGCUCCCGCGAAGGAGGCUGGAUUACCUCUUCAAAGGCACUAUGGCUCGACGUGUGCGCAGCAACAGAGCUUGGCACUAUGUCCUAAGUGGGGUAUGCCGUGACGGAGAUUCGCGGGCAUUGCCUUCUGGGCCCCAUGGUUGGUCUUACGAUUCUGAUGGACAGCAUAGUGAUUCUGAUUCAGAGCCAGAAUUUCCCUCUCUGUUGCCUUCCAUACCCACAGCAAUCCCUGUGACUGGAGAGUCAUACUGUAACUGUGAGAGCCAAAAUGGAUCUCCAUUCUGCUCUAACCCUCAUGCCAUCCACCGGAUCAUAGAUUGUCAGUGUGGAGAAGAAGAUGAAUACUUUGAUUGGGUAUGGGAUGAUCUGAACAAAUCAACUGCAACACUCUUGACCUGUGAUAACCGCAAGGUGAAUUUCCACAUGGACUACAGCUGUGGCACUGCUGCCAUCCGAGGGAACAAGGAACUUGCAGAGGGGCAGCACUUUUGGGAAAUCAAGAUGACUUCACCAGUCUACGGCACUGACAUGAUGGUGGGAAUUGGGACAUCAGAUGUAAAUUUGGACAAGUAUCGGCACACAUUUUGCAGCCUGCUGGGCAAAGAUGAAGACAGUUGGGGUCUGUCUUAUACAGGGCUCCUCCAUCACAAGGGGGACAGAAUCAAUUUCUCAACAAGGUUUGGCCAAGGCUCCAUCAUUGGAGUGCACCUGGACACAUGGCAUGGAACUUUGACCUUCUUUAAAAAUAGAAAAUGUAUAGGAGUGGCUGCCACACAACUACAAAACAAGAGAUUCUACCCCAUGGUGUGCUCAACAGCGGCCAAGAGCAGCAUGAAGGUCAUCCGCUCCUGUGCCACCCAUACAUCCCUGCAGUACCUCUGCUGUUACCGCCUCCGUCAACUACUUCCUGACUAUGUUGACACAUUAGAAGUUCUGCCUCUUCCUCCAGGACUCAAGCACAUUCUACAUAACAAACUAGGCUGGGUACUGAGCAUGAACUAUGGCUCGCUCCAGCCAUCAUUUUCUACCUCCUCAGGAAGUGAUUCAGAUAGUUCAUUCAACUCAGAGACUGAGGCAUGCCAACGGAAGAGAUGCAGGAGGACAUAAUUUUUUUUACAUUGAUGGAGUUUCUUGAAAGAUAGAGGUGGUUCAAGCUGGCCUCCAUCUUAAUGAUGGCACACCUGAAUGCAAUAUCCCCCCCCCCCACCCUUCAUUGAAGUCUUCAAAACUUACAAGCCUUUUUCAGCUUUGUACAAGAUUUACCUUCGGAAGGCAAGCCGUUCCCGUAGCUGGAUUUAUCUCUUUGCCUCUUGCUUGUCAACUGCAUUUCACCAACUUUUCUGGAAGCUGCUGAACAGGACAGUGAACACAUCCUACCCCAAAAAGAUUUAUGAAAGGAAAAUUGAAAAGCCAUCCCAUAUGUUCAGUUGCUUUGUCAUUUGCAACUGUGAUGCCGCUGAUGAUUUAGGGCAUGAGGACAACAAUAGUUAGACAUAAGGGUUCUUAUCUCUGUUUCUUUCCUGUGCUUUUGCACUCAAAGCUUAGACUUGUAACUGAUCUUGUGUGAACCCUACAGUUUCCUUUGGUGCUUUGCAUGUCUAACUUUUCCUAUAUUAAACUGUAUAAAAGAGUAAUUAAAGGACAAGCUUACAUUGA